UGCAAAAAAAUGACUACUAUUACUAUAUGACCUGCAAAGAACGAGGAUAUUGCCUGCGUAUGCCAGAGAGUCAAAACGACAGACCCCAAUUAGUUAUUCAGCCCGCCAAGUUCAUCUCCAACACGACCGCACGGAAAAUGUCAUUGAGAACAAAAAUCAAACACCAUCAGUGCCACAACCACCAUCCCAUCAUCCCCAGUCCUUAUCCCUAUUUCCCUCGCUCCCUCUUUCAUUAAAUCCAUAUACCAAAGCAAUGUCAUUGAGACAAAACUUCAAACAGCUUCCCUUCAUUAAAUCCCACUCUUUGUUUCGCACUUUCUCUUCCUCCUCCUCUCACCAAGACCCAUAUUCUGUCCUCAAAGAAGACCCAGUAGAUAUCUGCACUUCUAUCUGGGUCAAAUCCUUCUCUUCACCAUCAAACUUUACUUUCUCUAACCUCACUGGUUUCCUCUCCAAGCUCGACCUCUGGGCCCUCGCUUACCAACGUUCCUGCGCUCACGUCACCGGCAAGUUCCCUCCUCGAAACGCACUUCCCUCCCAUGCUCUCCAUUCCCUUUUCUCACUUCAAACUGCUGUCGUUCACAACCGCUUCAAAUGGAACGACAAGGCCCACCAGAUCCUUCGCAGCCCCAAUGAUAAGCCUUCUACCAAACUGGUUUCCAAGAGAAAGCUCAGUGCAAUGAUGGAAUCUGAUGAUCCGUGCUUCCAAGACCGGGUUGUUCAGGAGAUGCUUCUGAUGGUGCUUGAACCUAUUUUUGAAGCACGGUUUUCGAGGAAGUCUCAUGCGUUUAGGCCCGGGAGGAAUGCACACACGGUAAUUAGGACUAUAAGGAGUAAUUUUGCUGGGUAUUUAUGGUUUUUGAGGGGUGAUUUGAGUGAGAUACUAGAUGACAUUGACGCUGAUGUUGUAAUGGGAUGUGUUGAAAAAGUUGUUAGAGAUAAGAAAGUGUUGAAUUUGAUAAAAAACGCGCUUAAAUCGCCAGUUAGGAUUCGAGAAAUGGGCAAUUAUGGUGAAGAGUCGAGGAACAAGAAAAAGAGGAAAUCUACGAAGAAGAAGAUUUUGAAUGAGAAUGAGCCAAAACCUGACCCUUAUUGGUUGAGAACUUUCUUUGAUUUUGCUCCUGAGGAGGCGGCAAAGAUACCCACUUAUGGUUAUUGUGGGAUUUUGAGUCCGUUGCUUGCUAAUGUGUGUCUUAAUGAAUUGGAUCAAAUGAUGGAGGAGAAGAUUGUUGACUUCUUCAGGCCAAAUAAGCUUGAUUCUAUAUGGAAACAUUCGAUUGAUGAUAGGUGUCAUAACCCUUCUUGGCCAGAGUUUGUUCCAUCUAGUGGAAAAGAGAAGACUAGGAAAAUGGAAUACAUUCGAUAUGGGGGUCAUUUCUUGAUAGGCGUUCGAGGGCCUAGAGAAGAUGCAGUGCAAAUUCGCAAGGAAAUUAUUGAGUUCUGCGAGAGGAAGUUUGGUAUCAGGCUGGAUAAUUCAAAAAUUGAUAUUGAGCACAUUACUAGGGGAAUUCAAUUCUUGGAUCAUAUAAUUUGUCGCAGAGUGAUAUAUCCUACGCUUCGUUAUACAGGGAGUGGAGGCAAAAUUGUGAGUGAAAAGGGUGUGGGGACUCUGCUUUCAGUUACUGCUUGUUUGCAGCAAUGUAUUCGCCAAUUUAGGAGGCUUAAGUUUGUCAAGGGUGAUAAGGAUCCUGAGCCAUUGCCUUGUACUCCAAUGCUUUACUCAGGUCAAGCCCAUACUAAUGCACAAAUGAAUAAGUUUCUCGAGACUAUGGCAGAUUGGUAUAGAUACGCUGAUAAUCGAAAAAAAGUUGUUGGGUUUUGUGCCUAUGUGAUUCGUAGCUCGUUGGCUAAACUUUAUGCUGCUAGGUAUAGACUAAAAUCACGUGCAAAGGUUUACAAGAUUGCUUUACGUGAUCUUAGUCGGCCAUUGAGAGAGAAUAGUAACAAUUCUGCUCCCGAAUACUCUGAUCUUUUGAGAAUGGGACUUGUUGAUGCAAUUGAAGGUGUUCAGUUCUCCCAUAUGUCUUUGAUUCCAACUUGUGAUUAUACUCCAUUUCCAAGGAAUUGGAUUCCAGAUCAUGAGCAGGUUUUGCAUGAGUAUAUCAGAUUACAAGACCCCAAAUUCUUUUGUGAAUUGCAUAGAUCAAUAAAGCGUCAAGGUUUGAGUCUGCCUCAAGAUGAGAUAUCUGAAAUUGUGUGGGAUUACAAGACUCUUGGAGUUCGAAGGUACCAAUCUAGUGGUGAAAAUGAGCUAAACAAUGGACUGCAGAAAGUGUGAGAUGUCAUGAAUUAUUGUGUGAUGUUGGUGAAUUAAUUUAAGUGAUGAAAUUAAACUCCUUGGAGGAUUGACUCUUGUAAUGGCCUAAGAGUUUUCCCUGGGCACUGUCAAUUCUCCAUUAAAACAUGUGCAGAAGCCAACAAAAUUUUAUCUUGGAUAGUCUGGCCUACCUUGAUGAAAUUUUCAUCACGUUAUCUUCAAUGAUUACCUUGGGAGAGGUAAAUUUUCGUGUUUUUUUUA